AUGUCCACUCGUCAAUCUGGAGCGGCUUCAUCUAAGGGAAAAGUCAGUAGAGCGAGUAUCAGCAGGCAGAAGGAGCGAACGAAAUCAACUGGCAAUCGCAAGAAGAAAGUGAACUUCGACGUAGCCGAAUGGUUCCGGGCGAUGACGCUCCCACCACCGCGGAUCCCGGAGUCCGAGCUCUUCUAUAGGUCCGAGUUCUGGACGCCAGAGAUGGACGCGCAGGUCGACGAUCGCAUGAAGGUGGCGGCGGCGCUUUUGACGGUUCCGGGAAACUCCGCGGCAUCUGUCCCUUCUCGCGAUGCAGCCAUCGCGUAUGUCGCUGCCGAGAAUCUCAGGCAGUCGAGUGAGAUGGUACAGGUGGAGAUGCAGAAUAGGCGUCUGGAUCAGUGGGAGAGAGACCUGGAUGAGUGGGAGCGGGACUUUGUUGAGGAACCGAGUACUGCCGAAGAAGCCGAACAAUUCAUUGAAGAUCUCAAUCCGGUGCUGCAGAUGAUUGCGUCGUACGUUGCGAGGAGGUGCUCGGGAGCGUGUGUGUGGUACACGGCGGGGCCGAACAAAGUGUACCGCGCGAAAGGAGUCUGUGACGUGCCUGGGCGUACGCUCAACUUCAAAAAGGAGCCGCGCGUAGAGUCAAACUUUAGCGCGCAGAUCAUGCGCCACGCUUCUAUCAUCAACGCGAACAAGUGGGGGAAUGAGGAAGGCGGCGAGCCUGCCGAUGAAGUGGACUCGGCUGAUACUUACGAGCCUGUAGUGGUGGACGAGGUGCUCGAGACUGAAUCAGACGAGGAUGGCGAUGGCGAGAAGGAAAAGGGUGGGGACAGCGAGGAGGGAAAAGACAGGAACGGCAAGAAGGCGGCGGACGCUGGGGAUCAGGAGAUGGACUGGUUAGGACCUAACGAGGUGUCAUUCAAGCCGCUUGCGAGGAAGAUUGACAGUAUUGAUGAUGGGGGGGAGGCGGAGAGCGCCUCGCGUGAGUUUGUGAAACCUCGUACGAGCGUCGAGGCCGGAGGCGGAGGAAGCUGCGGCAGCGUCCGGAAGGGAAAACGGUUCAUUGAAGAUCUUAAUCCGGUGCUGCAGAUGAUUGCGUCGUACGUUGCGAGGAGGUGCUCGGGUGUGUGUGUAUGGUACACGGCGGGGCCGGACAAAGUCUACCGCGCGGAAGGAGUCUGUGAUCUGCCCGGGCGUACAUUGAAGAAGUUCAGUGAAGGGAAGCCGGCAGUAGAGUCAGAAUUUAGAGCACAGAUCACGCGCCAUGCUUCCAUUAUCAACGCGUAUAAGUGGGGGAAUGUGAAAGACGGCGAGCCUGCCGAUGAACUCGACUCGGAAGAUAGUUACGAGGAGCCUGUAGUGGUGGACGAGGUGUCCGAGACUGAACCAGACGAGGGUGGGGACGGGAAGAAGGAAAAGGGUGAGGACGGCGAGGAGGGAAAAGACGGGAACGGCGAGAAGGUAGCGGAUGCUGAGGAUCAGGAGAUGGACUGGUUAGGACCUGACCAGGUGCCAGUCAAGGCGCUCGCGAGGAAGAUCGACAGUAUUGAUGAUGGGGGUAAUGCGGAGAGCGCCUCGCGGAAGUUUGUGAAACCUCGUACGAGCGUCGAGGGCGGAGGAGGAGGAAGCUGCAGCCGCGUGCGGGAGGGAAAACGGUGA